UGGGAAUGGAGAACAGCUCUUCAUCAGCCUUCCUGGCUAAUUUGACCUUGUGGCAGGAAAACACCACUUCUUCACACACAGAUAGCUACCUGGGCCUUCAAAAAUGUAUGCACCUCCUGUCCAUAGUGAUCUACAGUGUUGCAUGUCUCUUGGGGGUGACUGGGAAUGGCAUUGUCAUCUGGAUUACGGGCUUCAAGAUGAAGAAGACGGUGAACAUUGUCUGGUUUCUCAACCUGGCCAUUGCUGAUUUCGUCUUCACAUUUUUCCUGCCCUUGAGCAUCGCCUACACGGCUCUGGGCUUCCAUUGGCCCUUUGGGAAACUUCUGUGCAAGCUGAACAGCACCAUUGCUUUCCUCAACAUGUUUGCCAGUGUCUUCCUCUUGACGAUUAUCAGCAUGGAUCGGUGUGCUUUGGUGGUCUACCCUGUGUGGUCCAGAAACUACCGGACCACAAAGCUGGCUUAUGGCAUCGCUCUGGUUGCAUGGGUCAUAGCUUUCAUCAUCAGUUCUCCAUAUCUCAUUUUUCGAGACACUGCGACUAACUCCAGGAACGUCACCAGCUGCUACAAUAACUUUGCUCUGUCCAAUAAUUAUGAUGCCGAGGAGAUGCGAAGGCUUUGGAGGACAAGGCACAGAGCUAUGAUAGUAUCCAGAUUCCUGUUUGGUUUCCUCUUUCCCUUCACCGUCAUCCUGGUCUGUUACAGCAUCGUGGCAUUCAGGAUGAAAAGGAGGCGUCUAACCAAGUCCACCAAGCCUUUCAGGAUCAUCAUUGCUGUCACAGUGUCGUUUUUCCUCUGCUAUUUUCCAUACCAUGUUUUCUCCUUGCUAGAGAUGUCCAAGACUUCUGCAAAUCAUGAACUCAAGAUGGCUUUGUACUUAGGGAUCCCCUUGGCUUCCAGUCUGGCUUUCUUCAACAGUUGCAUCAACCCCAUCCUCUAUGUGUUUGUAGGGCAGAAGAAGUUCCGUCAGUCAGUAAUCUUGGCUUUUGAGGGGGCUUUUGGAGAGGACUUUAUCCUGUCUUUAUCCAGCAAGAGAAAAUCAAGAUCCAUCUCUCAGGCAGAGAUUCAGAUCACUUCAUAG